UCUCUGGCUUCCUCACUCUCUUCUACUACCCGCUCCUCUUGGCUCCCUCUUCUUUUUUGUCUAUUUCACACUCGGAAAACCAACUGAAGAAGAACACGAAUAAAUUUUCAGUUCUAGUUCUCGAUCACAGUCCUUGUUCUUGGUAAUCUCUUGCAGAUCUACUCUGUUAUAGUGAUAGUCUGUCAUUUCUUCAGGAUAUAUACUGUAAGAACAAGAUGGACCGCCGUAAUUGGCCUUGGAAGAAAAAAUCAUCUGAUAAGACCAUAGGUGAAAAGCUGGUGAAUGUAUCAGAUUCUGCUGGCGCUUCUUUGUCUUCAUUAGCAUCUCUAGGAGAUCAGGAAAACUAUAAAAAGGUAAACUAUGUUCAAAUACCUAUGGAUGUAUAUAGACAUCUGAAUGGGUUGGGAGGUCAAGUGAAUACAUUGACAGAUCAAAUCAAAUUAUUUGAGAGUGAAGUGAAGAAUUUGAAGGAACAGCUCUCUGCUGCUCAUUCUGAAAUUAGUGCCAAAGACAGUCUGGUUAUACAGCAUGCAAAAGUGGCUGAAGAGGCUGUUUCAGGAUGGGAAAAGGUUGAAUCGGAAAAUCUUGCAUUGAAGCGUCAACUUGAAUCUGUCACUCUAUUGAAGCUCACUGCAGAGGAUAGAACAUCCCAUUUGGAUGGUGCUCUCAAAGAGUGUAUGAGGCAAAUAAGGAAUGUGAAGGAUGAAAGUGAACAUCAAUUGCAUGAGGUUGUUCUAUCUAAAACCAGCCAAUGGGACAAAAUUAAGCUGGAGCUUCAAGCACAAAUAGCAGAUUUGGAUCAAAGGCUUCUGCGGGCAGCUGCUGAAAAUGCAGCACUUUCAAGGUCAUUACAAGAGCGAUCUAAUUUGAUACUGGAGAUUAAUGAAAAGAAAUCUCAAGCUGAAGCUGAAAUAGAAUAUCUGAAGGGAAAUAUCCUGUCAAAGGAAAAGGAGAUAAAUGCACUUAAGUAUGAUUUGCAUGUAGCGUCUAAGGAGCUUGAUAUCCGUAAUGAGGAAAAGAACAUGAGUGUAAGGUCUGCAGAAAUUGCAAACAAGCAGCAUCUCGAGGGAGUCAAAAAGAUUGCAAAGCUAGAAGCAGAGUGCCAAAGACUACGUGGCCUCGUUAGGAAGAAGUUGCCUGGGCCUGCUGCAUUGGCUCAAAUGAGGCUAGAGGUUGAGCAUUUGGACCAUGAAGUCAGUGAACCCCGAAAGCAGAGAACUCUGGUUAAAAAUCAUAAUCCUGAGUCAUCUCUAAAACCAGAACUUUCUUCUGAUACCUUGCAACACUGCCAAAAAGAGAAUGAAUGUCUUACCACACGUGUAUUGACAAUGGAGGGAGAGACAAAAAUGCUUCGAGAGGCUUUAGCAAAUCGAAACAGUGAACUGCAAGCUUCCAGAGACGUUUGUGCCAAGAUGGCUGGUGAGCUUAAAAGUUUGAAAGCACAGACCCUCAAUCAGAAGGGAAGUUGCCAAAAUGCAGAUCUUGGCAAUCCUGUUGAAGAAUCAUCAAAGGAGAUAUAUAAGUAAUUCUCCCCAUUAUGGCUUCUAUGUCUGCAGAUGGG